CUCGAAUCAGGCACGCCUGGGCCUCAAGAGCUGAACCACACCAUGUUCGUUAUGGAUAAGCUCUCAGCUCUAGCUACUGUGUGCAUUCUAAUCUCUCUCUACCGUUAGAACACGACCUGAGAGGACUCGGCUGUACGGCAACUUUAUGCCCCGAUAAUUCCGAGGUCGCAUUGCUGCGGUGCAGAUUGCAGAUUGGGGAAGCCAGGAUCGUGGACGUGAACUUUGGGACCCUGUUGCUUCAGCCUUCAAUGUUAGACUCUGGAGCCCCUCCCUUCAAGUUACCAAAGCAGACUAAUAAUACGUUUACUCUGUGUGUGCCUCCGCUCACAACACAGUCACAAUGGCUGUUUCGUUCCUGAGUGGCGCAGAGCCAAGCGCGGCCCUGGUGUUCAGGUCCCUCGGCAUCGCAGCGCUGGCCGGGCUGGCCUUGUUCUUCGUGCGGCUCUUUCAAGCCAGGACGAGCUUCCGGAACACGAUGAAAAAAUAUGACAUUCCCACCUUGCCUCACUCAUUCCUGUUCGGUCAUCUCGUCGUCAUUGGCAAGGCUCUUGCUGCUUACCCUAGGGAUUUCGCUAAGCUCGGCGUUGUAUAUGCCUUGACCCAGGCCUAUCCCGAGAUCGUCAAGGAGGGCAUUGUGUACUUUGAUUCCUGGCCAUUCGGGGAGCCGACCGCCGCUGCCUUCGACCCCGAGAUAAUGCCCCAGUUUACUCAGGACAAGUCGUACUUCAAGUCACCCAUGGUGAAGGCCGAGCUUGAGCCCCUCACCGGCCUCAAUGACCUCUCUUCGAUGGAGGGCCAGGAGUGGAAGACGUGGCGAAGCGUUUUCAACCCGGGUUUCUCGGCCAAGAACUUGACCGCGCUGGUGCCCGCCUUUCUGGAGGAGAUCCAAGUGCUCAAGGAAAGGCUUGUCAAGGUUGCCGGAACAGGCCAGGUGAUCAAGAUGGAGGAGACGAUCCAGCGGGCCACGGUCGAUGUCAUCUUCCGGGCAGCACUGGGAACCAGACUACACAGCCAAACAUCACCCAACGACUUUGUCACGACCUUGCAGAAUCAGAUCUGGUGGCUUGUCUGUGACUCAAGUCUCCCGAACCAGAUCAAAUCCAUGAUCCCAAUAAGACCUUUUAUGCUGUGGUGGAACAACUACAAGAUGAAGAAGUACCUCACCCCUCUGAUCGAGGACGACAUAGCCCGCCUGGACAGGGGCGAGGUUUCCCAGGUCAAGACCAUCAACUACCUCGCCGUCAACGCCUUCCGGUCCGAGGUGCAGCAGCAGCCCAACGGCCCCGCCAAGGCGUCCCCGCGCGUCGACCCGAAAUUCCUCGACAUGGCCAUCUCGCAGCUCAAGAUCUUCAUCUUCGCGGGCCACGACACGACCGCCUCCACCGUCUCCUUCGCCUACAGCCGCCUCUACCGGCACCCCGAGGUCCUGGCCCGGAUCCGCGCCGAGCACGACCAGGUCCUCGGCGCCGACACGAGCCAGGCCUUCGCGCGCCUGGCCGCGGACCCGAGCCUGCUGAGCCAGCUGCCCUACACCAGCGCCGUCAUCAAGGAGACGCUGCGGCUGUACCCCCCCGCGGCGACGGCCCGCGUCGGCGAGCCGGGCGGCUUCCUGACGAACCCGGCCACGGGCAAGGUCUACCCGACCGAGGGCUUCAUGCUGUGGUCGACGCACUUUGCCGCGCACCGCAUGCCCGAGUACUGGCCGCGGCCGGACGAGUUCCUGCCCGAGCGGUUCAUGACGCGCGACGAGGCGGACCCGCUGCACCCGCGCAAGAACGCGUGGCGGCCGUUCGAGCUCGGCCCGCGCAACUGCAUCGGGCAGGAGCUGGCGCAGGUCGAGAUGCGCGCCAUCCUGGCCAUGACGGUGCGGGACCUCGAGAUCGAGCCGGCGUACGCCGCCGGCGCGCCCGAGGCGCUGGGCGACAAGGCGUACCAGACGAUGGGGUUCGGCGAGAUCACCGGCCACGUCAAGGAUGGCUUCCCCGUGCGCGUGAGGCUGAGCGCUGGUGGCAAGUAGGCUGGGCUUGUGGUGGCCUUCAACUAUUACCUCUUGUUGUUAGCAUGUUGCGGAAGAACUUGUGCAUACCGGUAUCUACGUUGCGGACCGUUUUGAUAAACACAUAAGAUCUCGGUAUAUGAUCGAGCCGCUAUCUGGGAAUAAGAAAUGCACAAUGGUCUAUACACUCUAGUUCGACCUGUACCUAGGUCUUUUUGUUUCCAAACAUUCAUAGGUGCGAGUCCACUCAGAGUUCUAUCUUGACCUCGCCAUCAAUGCUGCGCUUGCCAAUGCUCGACGCUCCUGGCUUCAUAGCUUCCCAUUCGAGGUCCUUGUCCCACACCCCGGCCUUGGUGUAGUCCAGACUCCUCGUCCCAGACACAUAGGCGAAGCGAAAGUACUCCUUCACCUCGUUCUUGGCUUUCCUGUUCCACGUGAAGGUCUUGUCUUCGAAGUCUUCGUCGUCGUCGAAGAAGCCUCUGAACCGCUCCACAUCAUUGACGAGAAGGCUGAUGCCGUCGAGCCUGAGGUUCCUCUUUGGUGGUGAUUCCCAUUGGAAGGUGAUGUUUGACACUGUGCUCCCCACCUGGAUGUCCGGCGCGUUUGCGAGUGUGGGCAGCACGGAGCCAAGCUGCCCAUCGCCUCGUAGGGCAUAUGACGUCUGCAGGAUGGGGUCCCAGCCCCAGCGGGCGAUCCCGUUGAUGAAGAGCCCUACCAAGAGGCCUUGGUAGAGAAGAGCAGGGCGGGUCUGCAUGCUUGUGCCUGUAAGAAGCAGAAGCGCGAGGAAAUAGUGAUGGAGCCGGAGGUUGAGGUCCCAGAUCUUCAGGAAGAUGAGGAGUAUAACGCCUCCAACAAGGCCGAGGUAGAGUGCUCCGUACCGGAUGAGCCGUCCUUCCUGACGGAAGAACCAGACUUGUUUCACCACGAUCAAGGCAAUGAUGCUGACGAUGAUGAUCAAUGCGAGCACUCCGCCAGGCUGUUGGGAGAUAUCGUGGGCGUUCAGUCUGUUUAUAGGUAUGUUAGGGCUGAGGGUAUAAUUAUCGAGUGCCCCCACCCAGCAUGCGCCGAGCCACAAGACGGUCUUUUCGAUCUGUGCUGUCAGUCCUGUGAGGGUCCGGCGCACUGCCAUCUUGUCAUAUAUGACCCAGGCUACAAACAUGACAGGCACAUAUUUCCCAACGAUGAUAGUAAAAAGUUCCCGGAAAGAGCUGUGCGUUGGAGGGUCGGAGACCAAGCCGACGUGCCAGAAAAUGCCCGAGAAUUCGGUGAAGAAGAAGAGUGCCGGUGACGUGGUGAAUAAGGACAAAAUUGUCGUGUAGACAACAUCAACCACGAGCAAGGGCCAUCUCAUAUCUCGAGCUCUGCACUGAACCGACUUCUCAAAGAGGAAGGACUGAGGGAAAUAUGAGUCGAAGCCGAUGCUCUCGAUGCCAUGUCGGAGGGUGCUGCUGUAGCUGUGCCGUGUGCCAACAAGCUUGAUCACGCCACAGCCACCCUCAGCAUUGGUAAUAGCCCCAGCGUGGAUUGCGGAGCCACAGAUAAUAGAGUCGCCUCGAUAAGCCCCUUGCCCGUCAGUGUCGUUGACCGGCCCGCCGAUGACGAGCUGUCGGUAGUUGACCUCCUGAUCGCCAACCGCCCGCGGUUCGCUCAGCUGAUAGCUCGCACAGUUUGCGGGACACCUGAAUGGGAACUCGCUGCCCUUGAACGGGCGGCACUUAUUUCCGUUCAGGUCACAGCUGUUGCCCCGGCCCCAGAAGUAAGCACCGCAGCCAAUCUCCUGUGGCUUACCCCAGGGCUUGAUCUCGGUGAUGCGGCUCUCCUGCCGCUUGACAAUGGAGAAUGUCAGGAGCCACAGGAACAGAUAUGCGAUGAACAGAAAGAUCCGGUGCUUCCUCCUUGGCAAGUACUUGUCGAGCAGGGUGACGGGAAGUUGCUGGAUGGCCGGGAGGAUAGGGACGAUGUGGUAGACGACCGGAUUCUGGGGUCCCUUUGCCCAUCUCGCAGCAGUCCUGCCGAAUUUCCUGAUGGGAUAUGGGACCCAUUUCCAGUGCUUACUCAGACCGUCUUCCUCGAGAAACCUGGGCAAGGGCGUCGGGUUGCCCUCUUGCAGUUCGUGAAGCUGAGGCCCUUCGAUGGGGGCGUCGGGGUGAGACUCCAGGCCUACUGCCCCGGAAUUCGCGGAAGCAUCAAUGCCUCCAUUUGCGUUCUCUGCAUGUCCAUUUGCAGAGCUCAUCGCAAGCAAUGAUGAGUGGCGAGGCCAGUGUGGGUGAGCGAGACUCGGUUGUAGGAGUUGACCGCGGCGUCUAGGAUGAAAAUGCGCGGUAGGUACUUGAGUAGGUAAAGAUGUAGAAAGCAAUGACUAGGACAGCAAAUAAGAGUGAAGACAAGGAGCGAAUUUCGGACAGGAUGAGAACACUGAUGAGGUGAAGCAAUAACGGGAAGGGAAACGGGGAGGGUUGAAG